UUCGUUAAGUUUUUUUCCCCGACGAAUUGUGGUUCAAUAUGGUACGCUUGAAAUUGCUUAUUAUUUAAAGGAUAAUUUAAGGAGUAGUUUAUUAGCAUUGUUCUUAAUACUGGCCUACAAAUACGCACUUAACUGCUAUAAAAUGAAGACAUUUCAAAACUUGGAUGCGAGGCCAAUACGCAACAGUGUCAACCUUUGGAAUUGGGGCAGCAACAAAUGAUGGUGGCUUAGUUGGAGAGCUUUAUCAUGGCGCUGUGAAGGACGUUGAAAUUAUUUUUCGUUCCUAAUUUUAUGAUCUCACUUUGAGCAAUGGCCAGCAGUGGGCAUGACAAGACAAGGCAGUAUGUGAUGAGUGUUGACUUUGGCACCACCAUAGUCAGGUGCCAUAUCUAUGACCAGCAGAUGUCUGUCAAGGGAGUCAGCAGCAAGAAGGUGGAGCUGUUGCGUCCCAAGCCAGGCUGGUCUGAGAUGGACCCAGAUAUGCUGUGGACCCAGUUUGUAGCUGUGGGAAAGGAUGCCAUGAGAGCUGCUGGAAUCACAGCCCAGGAUGUGGCAGGAUUGGGGAUAGCGACACAGAGAGGGACCUUCAUGACCUGGGACAGAGAGACAGGGGUCCCAUUCCACAAUUUUAUCACGUGGCAGGACCUGAGGGCGGCUACACUGACCCAGGAGUGGAACCAGUCAUACAAACUGGCAGCAUUCAAUGGUGGAUCAAAGUUUUUGUUCACAGUUUCCAGGAAUAGAAGGUAUCUGGCAGCAAGUAUCGUCAAGUUUCGAGCAAAUUUUGUGUCCAUGAGACUGCUAUGGAUGUUACUGAACAACAUGGAGAUGCAGCGCCGAGCAGAGGAAGGUCAACUGAUGUUCGGAACCAUUGAAACCUGGUUGCUAUGGAAGAUGACUGGAGGGGAAGUGUUUGCCACAGACUACUCCAAUGCCAGCUCCACUGGCUUGUAUGAUCCUUUCAUAUUGGAAUGGAGCACAGCUCUUUUCACAUUGUUAGGCAUUCCCAUGUCCAUUGUGCCAGAGGUCAAGGACACAAGUUAUCACUUUGGUGACAGUCUUCCUGAAGUAUUUGGGGCCUCCAUUCCAAUUACAAGUUUGGUAGCAGAUCAGCAGAGCGCCAUGUUUGCUGAGUGUUGUUAUGACGUUGGAGAUGUGAAGGUUACACUGGGAACCAGUCUUUUCUUUAACCUAAAUACAGGGAAUAAGCCUCACGCUUCAGUAGCAGGUCUCUACCCUGUGAUUGGCUGGAAAAUCAAGGACGAAGUGGUCUACUUGGCGGAGGGGUGCGCUGGAGACACGGGCACCUGUGUGGAAUGGGCGCAGUCAAUAGGUCUAUUUGAAGAUGUCUCCAGCCUUGCCCAAAUAGCACAGUCAGUGCAAGACACAGGAGGAGUGUACUUUGUGCCUGCCUUCAAUGGUCUACAGGCCCCAAUCAAUGAUGACUAUGCGUGUACAUUAAUGCUGGGGAUGACCAGAAAGACGACCAAGGCCCAUAUGAUACGGGCGAUACUGGAGUCUCUGGCCUUCAGGUUCAAACUGCUGUACGAAACUGCUCUCACAGAAACCAAGUUACCUUUUAAUCUUAUCAGAGCAGACGGAGGGGUCAGUAAUAACGAUUUUGUUCUCCAAGUAAUGGCAGAUAUCAUUAACCAAAAGAUAGAGAGGCCAAGUCAGACGGACAUGACAUCCCUUGGGGCGGCAUACCUGGCAGGUUUGGCAGCAGGUGUUUGGAAAAAUAAGGAAGAAUUCAAGAAAGCAAGAAAUGUAAACAGAGUUUUCACACCUCAAGGCACUUGGAAUGUGUAUAAAGAUAUUGUUUCUGAAUGGGAAAGAGCUGUUAGGAGAUCAGGACACUGGUACAGGUAGUAGUUCAACCAUAGGUGGCAGCACAUGGAUGACCCAGGACAACUAUAGGUGGCAGCACCAUGGCUGGGCUCAGGACAAUAACCAAAUAAAUGUACUCUUUCUUGAGAAAAAAGUCCUCAUUUUGAAGGGAAGAUUCUGGUUGUGUGUUAAACCUAUGCAGCAAUAGUUGAUGCAAAAACAAUUCUGAUUAUCAUCCCAAGAUGUGUAUAUCAGAACACUGUUUUGCAGUUUUUAUUAUUAUUAUUUUUUUAAUUUUAUAAACAGGGUGUAACUGGUCAUGCUUGAAAGCAUUCAAGUUUCAUACAGAUUGUUUGUCUUACAGAAUGCAAACACUGAUAUUAAGUCCCCUUUACCAGGCCCGCAGUGAGGAUUGCCUCCCAGAAAACACGGAACAUCAUCAUGACGUUACCAUAAUGCUUUUUGGCUAUGUUUUGUUAUACUCUGUGUUUGCUGGGUUUCCUCUUGAUAUUGCUCCAUCUAUUCAAUGGUUUAGCGCAUUUCUGUUCUGUGAAAUUUGCAAAAAAAAAAAAAAAAA